AUGGCCGACGCGUCGGCCGCGAACGACCCUCUGCUCAGCAGCUUGAACGCCGCCCAGCGACGAGCUGUGACGUCCACCUCCGACACCGUCGCCAUCCUCGCGGGGCCCGGAAGCGGCAAGACCCAUACUCUCACCGCGCGUAUCGUCUGGCUCAUCAAUUAUGCCGGGUACCGGCCGUACAAUCUCGUCGUCGCGACCUUUACGGUCAAGGCUGCACGGGAGAUGAAGGAGCGCAUCGCCCGGGCACUGGGAGAGGAAAAGUCGAAAAAGAUCGUGCUCGGCACCUUCCACAGCAUCGCCCGGCGGUAUCUUGCCGUGUACGGAGAGAAAAUUGGGCUGAAGAAGAACUUUGUCAUCGCUGACGAUAACGACACCCGAGCCAUCAUCACGAGGAUAUGCAAGAGAAAGAGGCCUGAUCCACCAGAGAUGCUGAAAGUGUUUGAGGAAUACAAGGACCACAUGGCCAGGCACGGCUUGCUGGACUACGACGAUCUUCUCGUCAAGGGGGUGGAACUGCUCCGCGCCCACCCCGAGUGCGUGAAAAACGUGCAAUCCGUCUUGAUUGAUGAGUAUCAGGAUACCAACGGCGUGCAAUAUGAGCUUAUGAAGCUAUUUGCGAGCGCGCAGCGGCGCAUCACCGUGGUUGGCGAUCCGGAUCAGAGCAUCUACGGGUGGCGCUCGGCAGAGAUUAGAAAUCUUCACCGGCUGCUCGAAGAGUUUCCCCGGACCCACGAGAUCGCCCUCGAGGACAACUAUAGAUCCUCGCAGCUCAUCCUCGACGCGUCGCUUCAGGUCAUCCAGCAGGACAAGGCGCGGUACCAAAAGUUCUCAAGCCCACGCUCCACAAGGGCGCGCGCCCGGUCCUGCGCACUCUGUGGUCUAGCGCCGUCGAGGGAGAGUGGAUCGUGGCGGAGAUUAGGAGGGCGGUUGUCAUGUGGCCUCAAGUUUUACGAUCGAAUAGAGAUCAAGCUCCUCCUAGACUAUCUCCGCGUCAUUUACCAGCCUGACAACAAUGAUGCGGUGGUACGGAUAAUCAACAAGCCGAAGAGGGGCGUCGGAGAGGUGACGAUCAAGAAGCUCCUAGAGGAAGCGGAAACCUCGAAGCUCAGCCUCUGGAGCAUGAUUCUUGGGCACUGCCGCGGACAGCGUAAACUGAAGACCAACCUCACAAAAGCUGCGGAGAACAAGCUGAGUGGGGGUCUGAUCCGCAUGAUUUGCGGCCUGCGUCACCGCCGAGAGCGCAAGGGCGAGAAUGGCGAACCCGUGUUGGGGCUCGUCAGCUUGAUGGAGGAUCUAAUUACGCAGCUCGAUUUUAGAGAGCACAUCCGCGCCUCAUACCCGGAGGAGCACGAGUCGAGGCUCUCCAACGUUGACGAGCUUUUGACCCUCGCGGAAGACUUUGUGAAAGAUCUGGAUCUUGAGGAAGAUCUCCCCGAAGUGGAGGGUGUGACGGAGCUCGUGACGAUAUCGACGAUUCACGCAGCCAAGGGUCUCGAGUGGCCGGUCGUCUUCGUGCCCGCCGUGUACACGGGCUCGCUGCCCCACUCCCGAUCGGAGGACGACGACGAAGAACGGAGGCUUUUGUACGUUGCCAUGACGAGGGCACAGGCGCUGCUCUACCUUACCGUGCCGUGGCACACCCACAACGAGAACCAGGUCAGCAGAUCGACCUUUGUGCCAGAUGACAUUGUCAAGUUCUUUUCGACGUUUGGCCCCUCCUUCGAGGCCCAAACGGUGGAAGCGAUGGCCAAGAUCCUGCGGAGGAAGGCACCGUCCAUGGCCGAGACGCUGAAGAAGCUUCCCCCUUGUUUGCCGCCGCGGGGCCACGUGCGCACUGCGCGGCCUGGUGGCUUGCCGUCGCCGAAGAGGCAAAACGCAUGGUCUCAGCCAGGCAGGGAACAGAACAUGUCGCGGUCCUCGUGGAACGGAAGGGAGUACAAGACGACGAUGGAGAGCCGGACGCAUUUCACCAUGGCGGCGGCGGCGCUGCCUGGAUUUACUACGGCGGGCGCGCAUCAAACUGCCCUAGCGGCGGCAGCGGCAGCUGCAGCCGCCACUUUCAUCCGACAGGGUAGCAGCGCGGCCACGCCGGCGGCGGCUAUGCAGGGCACGAAGAGGCCGGCGCAGGAAAUGGAGGGUCGCGCACUACCAGGGAUGCACCAGCCGCCGCAGCAGCGGAAGGCCCUCAACCCGAACCAGGUGGGGAACAACUUUAACCAGCCGCUGUCGCAAAACACGAUCAGCGAGCUGGCGAGCCGCGGGCUGCAGGACGUCAAAAGGCGGGUGCAGGCGCGCCGGUCCGAAAUCAUAGUAAUAUCGGACGACGACGACAACGACCUGUCGGAUGGGGGACGAGCAAACUCGCCGCCGCGCCCCGAGCCGGCGGAGAAAGUGCCAGUCAAGGCGGCUGUGGCGGCGGGGAGACAGGCGGCGCAGAAUAUGUCGGCGGGGCACGGGGCGCGUCGGCCUGUGAGUUUCCACAGCACGACGAUGGGAGCAGCGCGGCUGGGCGGUGGUAGCAGGGCGGGCAGCGGGGGCGCGAUACAAAGGGAGGCGGGACUAGCGCCUGUGGAGACGCUGAUGAAGCCGUUUAAGCCACUGACUGUGGCGCGGAACGGGAACCUGGCGAGGCCGGAAAAGCAGGCUCGGCACUACUAA